GAAUUUUCAGCAUGAAUUAUACGGAGACCAGCUCAUUGGCAGACUCAACAAUAGGUUUUACAGCUGAGUUAGGAAGUAUCAGACCUGUGCCUUCCAAUGAGACCACUUGUGAAAACUGGCGAGAGAUACAUCAUCUAGUUUUUCACGUGGCAAAUAUUUGUUUUGCAGUUGGUUUGGUUAUUCCAACAACCCUUCACCUUCAUAUGAUAUUUCUUAGAGGGAUGUUGACUAUAGGAUGUACCCUCUACAUUGUGUGGGCCACUCUCUACCGAUGUGCCUUGGAUGUAAUGAUCUGGAAUUCUGUGUUCUUGGGAGUCAACAUUUUGCAUCUUUCAUAUCUUUUGUACAAGAAGAGACCGGUAAAGAUUGAAAAGGAACUCAGUGGCAUCUACCGGCGAUUGUUUGAACCCCUCCAUGUGUCUCCAGAUUUGUUCAGAAGAUUAACUGGACAGUUUUGCAUGAUUCAAACCUUGAAAAAGGGCCAGACUUAUGCUGCAGAGGACAAAACCUCAGUUGAUGACCGUCUGAGUAUUCUCCUGAAGGGAAGAAUGAAGGUCUCCUAUAGAGGACAUUUUCUGCAUAAUAUUUAUCCCUGUGCCUUUAUAGAUUCUCCUGAAUUUAGAUCAACUCAGAUGCACAAAGGUGAAAAAUUCCAGGUCACCAUUAUUGCAGAUGAUAACUGCAGAUUUUUAUGCUGGUCAAGAGAAAGAUUAACUUAUUUUCUGGAAUCAGAGCCUUUCCUGUAUGAAAUAUUUAGGUAUCUUAUAGGAAAAGACAUUACAAAUAAGCUCUAUUCAUUGAAUGAUCCCACCUUAAAUGAUAAAAAAGCCAAAAAAUUGGAGCACCAACUCAGUCUCUGCGCACAGAUCUCCAUGCUGGAAAUGAGGAACAGCAUAGCCAGCUCCAGUGACGGCGAAGACGGCCUGCACCAGUUCCUGAGGGGCUCCUCCAGCACAUCUUCCCUUUACGUGUCCUCCCCACACCAGCGAGCCUCGGCCAAGAUGAAGCCUAUACAGGAAGGGGUAGAAGAUGACGAUGAGGUCUUUGAGCCGGCGUCUCCAAAUACAUUUAAAGUUCAUCAGCUGCCUUGAUCAGAAUUCAAGUUUCUAAGAUGGAAAUUAUUUUGAAAAAAUUCUAAAUAUACCAGCACUUUUUCAUGGCUUUUAGACUAUUCUGCUUUAGUACAUCCAGACCGGCAGAGUCCGAGGGCAGGAAAGUGAGGAGAGGUCAAAAAUGAAAAGGUUAUUUUACCUGUCCUUUUUCUUGGCAAGCUUUUUAAGUUUUACUGAGCCUUCUGACUAAAUUUUUCUAUUUUAAGACAUAUUUUUACAGUAUUUUCUAGAUAUAGUACCUUAUUAUUUUAACUUUAAAAACUUAAAGAGCUCUGUCAAGGCAAAUGCCUUUUUAUUUAUUUUUGCCAGUUGUAGCGCAUUUUCCUCACAGGAAGUUUUUUUCUACCAUAGCAAUUUAAAAUUAAUUGGUGUCUGUGUGAUCCUUUUAAUAAACAGUGUAAGUUAAAAUAGAGGCUGAAGUGACAUCUAAAAAGCAGGAAAUCUUACACUUUGUUCAGUUGACUUUAUGGGAAAUUUUAGAGAAAGAAGUGAUUUAACUGGUUUCUUUACUCCCAGGCCAGACGUAUUCCUCCACUAGAUCAUUUUACUGAACUGGGCACUGUGUAGAUAGCUUGAUAACAACCCAACUCAUUGAGUUUACUCGCAUUACCCUUUUAUUAUGUCAUUUAUCAACUGGUCUGAAACCCAAAGCGGAACCGAUAACAAAUCGAAGCCCUCUGAGCUCAGUGUCAGCUUUCAGCUAAACUCAGCUGCCCUGUAAUGUGGGGCCAUCCCGCCCCACACGCUCCGAUGCUGCAGAUACUUCUCUGGGGAUAAGCGCCACAAGAUGGGGAGCCCAGAGAUCCGCUGCAUUCUCUGGUCUGCUGCUGUGGCCUCAGGUUGUUCCUUCCGAGGCACAGAUGUCUCUUUUCAAGAGCACCAGAUACGCAGUGCCAGAGCUGUGGGUGUGCCCCUCAGGUCUUGCCGGGGAUGGCCCCCAGCCUAGCUAUUGCAACGACGGCCUUGAUCCCGGAAUUCUCUUCUCUACUACCGUAGAAUGAUAUUUUAGAAACAGCGGUAUCUGCCUGUGAGCACUGAGAACACUUUUGCUUAAAUGAUCAGUCCGUCUGGUCAGUGUGCAGUAGCCUGGGUCUGGGCCACUCUGUGGAGUGAGUGUUAAUUGGCUAUGUUAGACUUGCCCCAUUUGUGUUUAUAUUGUUUCAUUAAAUAGCUAAGAAAAGUUCCACAUGGAAUUACCUUCAAGAGCACUGAGCCAAAGGAAAUCUCUCUUGCCAUAAGGUCACUUCCGCUAGAGAAGAAAAAUAAGCUAGCCUGGGGCGACCUCGUCCUCUUAGAUCCAUCUUUUUAAAUCCAGUCAUUUUAGUAUUUCACUUGAGUUGAAUUUAUACGCCAGGAAAUCUGUGCAGACAGGUUAUCCAGCCCUGAUGCCUUUAUCAAACACUGGGCCAUUAAUAUCUGAGUAAAAGGCUGAUUUCACUUUACAGCUGUAACACGGUCUUCAGUGUGCUGAGUGAGGGAUUUGUUUUGGAGAGAUGAAGCAAAGGCGAAUGAGUUGGCCUUGGCUUUCGGAUUAUAAAUCUCCUAGGUUGAAUUCUGUCUUCCUGUACUUAAGUGUUUUGUGAUAGCGUCGGUUCGCUUUUCUUGAACCAUUAGAGUAAGGUCAGGCACCUCUUUAGUUCACACAUGCAGAAGGCCAGUUUACGAAAUCACUCCGUGGAGUAAUUAGGACAUCUUCCCCGUGGAGAAAGUAAUUUUAGAUCCUGCAGUAGGCACAUUGUUAACGUUCCUUGAGUCCGUGGAACCUUGGCAUUUUCUUAGCCUGGCUUAUCGCACUUGGUCAGCACUACACAGCGGAGAAGGUCAUCUCCACAUGAUCAGCCUGCAUGUGUGUGGAGGUUAGUUUCUUGCGUGCUUGGCGCAAACCUGUUAGAGAAGCACUUGGCGAAAAGUAGGUUACAUAAAAUCACUUACUGUUUAAUUGAAAGUGUGUGUGUCAGUGUCAUGGAUAAUGAAGAUUAUAAUCUCAAGGAUAGGAAUCUUAAAAGAGCCACUUAGACUGAAUGGGAAACACGAAACUAUUUUUAAAUGCACACCUCCAAGGAGGACAAAGAGACUCAGAAAAGAAACCAUAACCUACCGAGUAGCCCUCCCACAUAGACUUGACUGUGAGGUAGCUGUAAGGAAAAAGAAAAGUGAUUUAAGUGUAAGAUCUCCAUGGGUGACUUUAAACUCAUUUAUACAGGCGUAUCUUUGUAGAACACAUGAAGACAUAGAUUAAAAACAUGUCUCCUGCCCAAGUCUCCAGUAAGAUGCUUCCUGUGUUUUUUAGCAUUCACUUAGCUGUGUGAUCAAUAUACAGAAAAAGGUCUGCAAAACUAUCCUGUAUAUAACCCCAAAUCUGUGUGACAUCAAGUUGGCUGUAUGAAUUUGGAGUGCAGUAUUUAUAUUAGACUGUGUGUUUAAAAUGUUUUGAAAGCCCUCAUAAACUUUUAUAUUUAUAAAAAGAUAGCACAGACACCAUGUAAACCCUCAAUGAUAUUUAUCUAUCAAAAUAGUAGUAAUGGGUGCUAUAUAAUUAUUUUUCAGUGGCCGUCCUUGGCUUUGUGGAAUCUUUUCCAUUUCUCCCUGUCACUUACACCAUUGGUUUCCUGCACCUUGCUGCACAGUGUGUGCACUUAAGACAUCACCACAAUAGCGGGUUCUCCUGUGUCUGAAGCUUUUCUUUUCGGGUUCUCCUGUGUCUGAAGCUUUUCUUUUCUAUGACUUGGAGCUGUCAGUUUCUGCUUCCUAGGUCCUACUAUGGCUCCAAAGACAGUCACUUGGGUACUAGGAAAAUAUUUGGGGGAAAAUGGUAUAACCUAUACACUGCCCUGUUGCCAGUACAGACCCACGGUGUAGCUCCAAAGAGUCACCUUAAAAAACAAAUCUGUUUCCUUGGUCAUUUCUAAAGCUGCUUUACAGAAAACUAUGAGCCUGUCGUGCUUUAGCUUCCCCUCCCUUCUUUUUCUAACGCUGGUUUCUCAAACUCCUUUGCUACGUAUGGCCCAAUGGAGCAAUUAUGUAAGUACCACAUACUUAAUUUAGAGUUCUAAGGAUCUGUAGGACGCUGGGCUGGUAUGCAAGGGUCAGCACACUACUCACCGCUUGGGUCUUCCUCCUCUUGGGAUGAUGCUCUCACCGUUGGUAGCUGUAUUUUAUCACAACACUCACACACCUGUGUAUGUGACAGUGUAAAUGUCGGACAUUUAAGAAACUUGCUUGUAAGUACCAUUUAUAGGUUUUCUGUUAUAUCAACCUAGUUUUAAAGUACAUGAGCACUUUAUGAAUGUUUCACACAGAUACAUUAUAGGAAACGUUUUAGGUAUCAUUUAUAUUGAUAACAUUUACUUUAUAGUAAAAUACAUUAUGCCAGAAUAGAGCCUUAUAGCUUAAAAUAUCUUCAUUUGUUGCCAUUUGAUCAAAUAAAUUUCUUACUCAGAAAA